ACACACACACACACACACACACACACACACACACACACACACACACACACACACACACACACACACACACACACACACACACACACACACACACACACACACACACACACACACACACACACUCACACUCACACUCACACAGCAGAAUUCUAGAACUUUUAAACCAAAGUGUUCUAUGGCCUUUUAAUAAAAGCACAUUUGAAGAUUCCGUUCUCAGACCUUAGAAGUUAAAGUCUCAGACUAACAAAAUUCACAAGUGUUGGUUUGGUUUAGUCUUUGAUGUCAGGACACUGUGUUCAAACACCAUUCAACUUCAAGUUCAAAAUGAGUUCAUUUAUCUCUGAAUCACUAUCCCAGAUGUUUACAAAUCUUCGUCCUCCAGCUGCUCUGGUAACAGUGCACACUUACCAAAAUGGUUCUGGCUUUGUACGGAAAUUGAAGGUCUGUACGUCUGUCUGUGGAGGCCAGCAGGCCAGAAAGAGAAAGGCCUCCGAGGUAGAAGAUGGAGGCAUCUCAAAGAGGCUGAAGAGCUCUGAUCCUGUGCCCUUAGAGGACUUCACUAGGGUGAAGAGGAAACUCCUCGAAGAAAACAAUGGACCCAGAAAGAGAUUGAGAGUCUGUGAGCACAAAGAGAGAUGUGUGGAAGCCAUCAUAUCCUCAUUGGAGUCCUCUGAGAAGAAGAAGAAAACCACUGCAGCCACUUCUGGGGAAACCAGCAGACAAGCGUUUGAGGCUAAGUACCAGCAACUGAACCCACUAGGAGCUGGAGGCCAAGGGUGUGUUUAUGCUGGCUUCAGAAGAGAGGAUUAUGUCCCAGUGGCAAUUAAGCAUAUCCCCAGGGAAAACGUAAUCUAUGAAAGUGUCAGGAAGAGCAAGAAGAUGCUUCCUCUGGAGGUGGCUGUAAUGCUUAAGAUGGCACAUGGAAAAGAAGCUGGUAAAUCUGCUGCCAUUUCCCUCCUUGACUACUAUGAUCUGGACCAGGAGCUCAUCCUGGUCCUGGAGCGUCCAGUCCCUGCAGUUGACCUAUAUGAGUACAUGGAGGUCAAAGAAGGGUCCAUGCAGGAGGAGGAGAGCAGAUUAAUAUUAAAGCAGCUAAUAGAGGCAGCCAGGGAGCUUCAGUCAAAGAAGGUGUUCCACCGAGACAUCAAGGCAGAGAACAUCCUGAUUGAAACCAGCACUGACUUCCCACGUGUUAGGGUUAUCGACUUUGGGCUCAGCUGCUUUUUUAAAAAAUCAUCCUUGUACAGAAUCUUUUGUGGUACCUCUGCCCACAUACCGCCAGAGUGGAAUCAGAACAAAACCUACAGGGCCAGUCCCACCACAGUGUGGCAGAUUGGGGUGGUCCUGUAUGACCUACUGCACUGGAACGAUCGCUUUGAGACGUCAAGUUUUCUCGACGGCAAAAUAACUAUCAGUAAGGAUUUGUCUCCAACUUGCCAGGACAUGCUGCAACUCUGUCUAACCAAAGACACUGCUCUACGUCCAUCUCUGGAGGAGCUCAGCCACCAUCCCUGGCUCGCAUAA